CUGUCCACACAAUGCUAACCCUUUAUCAAAUGAUUUUCUGACUAUGCAUGACAUAAUUAACAGACAGAAGAUUAAUGGUCUCAUUUUAUCCUAUUGAAAUGUAUAAUAUUUUUUAAAUGUUCAUAUCAGAUCUUGGCAAACAUGUCCACAGAGUUGGAGUUACAUCAUUUUCUCUAAGACUAUAUUUAAUAUAUUCUAUUAACAAAACAACAAUUAUAUAAAUAAAACCAAAACAAAAAUGGCAUAUUAGAGUUUAUUUUGUGUUAUUUUAUUUCCCCUCUGACGGGGGGCUUAACUUCCGGUUCCUCUUCGUCACUGCCACACAACUUAAAACAGACAAAAAAUGAAUACAUCGAUACAUGACUCAACCUGGACUCAACACAGCCAGAGAAAUAUUUAUCCUGCUUGUUGUAACCUGUCUCACCGACGCCUCUAAACUCUUUUUAGUUUGCUUCCCCGGGUUAGCCCAAUAUGAGCAGCCUGUGUGUGUUUGCAUUCAGUGGAGUGAGUUCGGAAAGUGCGCAGAGGGUCUUGUCUCGGUAGCUAACGUUAGCCCUGCAAAAACAACCAUCUGUGGGCCGCUGUGGCUGUAUCGUUCACGGGACUGGUACUACUGAAGGAGCUAAGCACCAUGAACCUGAUACGUCUGCUGUGCCGCCACAAGACAGCCUUGGUCAUCGGCACUGUGUGCAGCUUUGCCGUAGUGCUGGUCUUCUUGGCGAAAUGUACCUCAGAAACCCUGAAACAGGGACACCAGGAUCCUCCAGGCCUGGCCCCUCGUGCCAAUGCUUUAGAAUCCCGUCCAGAGCAGUAUUACCCCACUUCGACAUCCAAACACUUAUCUGCAUUUCUCGUGGUCCUCAUCACGACUGGACCUAAGUACACAGAGCGGAGGAGCAUCAUCCGCAGCACCUGGCUAGCAAAGCGGGACUCUGAUGUGCUUGCCAAGUUUGUGGUGGGAACCCAGGGGCUUCCAAGCGAGGACCUUCAGAACCUUAACACAGAGCAAGGGCGGCACAAAGACUUGCUCCUUCUGCCUGAAUUGCGAGAUUCAUAUGAGAACUUAACACUUAAGCUGCUGCACAUGUACUCCUGGCUGGACCAGAAUGUGGAGUUUAAGUUUGUCCUCAAAGCAGAUGACGAUACAUUUGCUCGCUUGGACCUCCUUAAGGAGGAGCUGAAAGGGAAAGAGCCCAACAGGUUAUAUUGGGGCUUUUUCUCAGGGAGAGGGCGAGUGAAAACUGCUGGGAAGUGGCGGGAAAGCUUUUGGGAGCUGUGUGACUACUACCUGCCAUACGCACUGGGUGGAGGCUACAUCCUGUCGGCUGACUUGGUACGUUAUGUGCACCUUAAUGGGGGCUACUUUAAGACAUGGCAGAGUGAGGAUGUGUCCCUGGGCGCCUGGCUGGCACCAGUGGAUGUUCGGCGGACGCAUGACCCACGCUUUGACACAGAGUAUAAAUCGCGUGGUUGCAACAACAAAUACUUGGUGACACAUAAGCAGAGCUUGGAGGACAUGUUGGAAAAACACCAGACUCUGCAGCGUGACGGCAGGCUCUGCAAGGAGGAAGUCAAACUGCGACUGUCCUAUGUGUAUGACUGGAGCGUGCCACCCUCACAGUGCUGCCAGAGAAAGGAUGGCAUUCCUUAAUUUUUGUGCUUUUUUUUAAGGUCCUGAAGUUGGCUUCUCAUUUGAAUAUUCAGGAAAAAGAAAAUAAAUCAUGUUUUUUAACCAAUUCUCUGUUUACAUUUAAGUAACAGGUUCCAAACAACAUUGUUAAUGUCUUGAUGUUGAUAGAACACCAAUUCUAGAUUUAAUGUACCCUUAUCUACCAAUUGCAAGAAGGAAUCUCAAGGGCAAUUUCACUGCUUAUUUAUAAUGUUUACCACAUUAAAUGAAGCCUAGCUAAUUUUUUUGCGAUUUCCACCAAUUUGUGUAAGGUUUCAAACAGUGUUGAGAGUUUUCAGUCAGUAAGAACAGGUGUGACAAAUUUAGGUAGAGUGUUUUUUGAGCUAGACUUGGUCUGUGUAGCAAAAGCAAUGACAUUUUUAGUCCAUGUUUGAAAUGUCAAAAGUGGCUUUAAGCAGUCCCUGUAUUACUUGAGUAUAGAAAUUGUUUUUAUCUCAUUCUGAUUUAAAAUAUAGAUUGAGAGCAGCUCUUUGUUGUUUUGUACUGUUUUCGCCAAUGGAACAUAGUUGAUACACUGUUAAAGCUUUUAGCAUGACCUAUACCACCAGUUCCACAACUUGCAGUGAUGUAACGAUGGGGAAUUGACUGAAAAAUAUAACCCAAUAACUCUCGAACAGGAAGCCAACUUCAGCCUUUUGUUCUUUUCUACAAGAUUGCUCAUUUAGCCUUGUUUUUGGCCCCAUGCUUAUGUCAGAGCUUUCCUUACCGCCUCUUUUCCACGUUGGUUGCCUAUUUCUCUCCUCAGUCUGCUUCUUCUGCAGUAUUUCUUGUUGUAGCUUUUCCAACACUAUGAGAUAUGUUUUUGAGUAAUUUCAGUGUAGUAGAUAGUACAGGGAAACGCAGAUGGGAGAAUCUUACCUUGCCAUGAUGUCUACAUGUUUUCUUGUGUUUUUUAUUUAUUGUUAAUUUAUUCUGCAGCCAACACAACACACUGGUGCUGACUUCAAAAGCACAGUGGUGGUGGUGGCUGCUGCUUUUGAGCGGAAUUUUUAUUUAUAAAAUGUUGGGGGACGGGAUCAUGUAUAAUAAAAAAAAAAAUGUAUAGAAUUAUUUGACAAGAGAUGUUUACUCUUUAAAUGGAAACUAUUGAUGAAAAUCAUCGGUAUGACAAGGAGAUGGAGAUGCAAAGAAUGGGUUUUAUUCAGCAGGCCUUUAUAUACACUACACUGGAGCCUAUGUGAGGAUAUUUACUAAUACAAGGCAACAGUCACACUUUAAAAAGUUAAGAUCAUUACGUUUACUGUGCUGAGAUCAAGUUAUGUAAAUGUUUGUUUGCAGGGCACCACAGAUUCAGAACCUAAUUUUUAAGUCCAUAAGUCAUUAUUCAAAAAUGACUUGUUCCCGUGUCUGAUGUGAACAUCUUUAACCUGAACCUACCCUGCAAUGUCAUUAGCUGUAUAUUGAACCUUGUGAAAUGUGUGCAGUGUAUAAAGGUUAUGAUGUAUUGGAGCCCCGACAGCUGAGGAAUACUGCAAAAAGAGAUAUGUCCAAGCUCUUUUUCUUAUGGCAGCUUGUUUAACUUUGUGAACAAUGAAUCAUUUCUCACAGUUGUCACAAGCAGAUUCAGUUUAAGUGUUUGUUUUACGUACAUGGCCGGCCUCCCUGGAUGUUUAAUUAAACAUUGUCAAACUGU